UUGAGCUGCUUUUGCCCAGUAUCUGGUGAUUCACUGCUGUUGAGAGGAGAAAUGGCACAGAGACUAAAUCAGUUGGAUUCAGAGAAAUUCUCUUGUUCAAUCUGUUUGGAGCUACUGCAAAAUCCAGUGACUAUUCCCUGUGGACACAGCUACUGCUUGAACUGCAUUAAAACCCACUUUGAUGAAGAGGACAGGAAGCAAAUCCACACCUGCCCUCAGUGCAGGAAGACUUUCAUAACAAGGCCUAUCCUGGAGAAAAACAUCUUGUUAGCAGAGCUGGUGGAAGGCCUGAAUAAAACUGGACCCCAGGCUGUUCUGGCUGAUCACUGCUAUGCUGGACCUGAAGACGUGUCAUGUGAUGUCUGUACUGGGACUAAGCUGAAAGCCAGCAAAACCUGUCUGGUCUGUUUAGUUUCUUACUGCAGGAAACACCUACAACCUCACCACGAUGUUGCCCAGCUAAGUAAGCACACACUUGCUGGGCCAUUCAAGAAGCUCCAAGAGAACAUCUGUUUUCGCCAUAAUGAGGUGAUGAAGAUUUUUUGUCGUACUGAUCAGCAGACUGUCUGCUAUCUCUGCUUGCUGGAUGAACAUAAAGGCCAUGAAACAGUCCCAGCUGCAACAGAAAGGACAGAGAAACAGAAAGAGCUCGAGGUGAGACGACUAAAAAUCCAGCAGAGUAUCCAGAACAGAGAGAAAGAUGUCAAGCUGCUUCAGCAACAGGUAGAGGCCAUCAUUAGCUCUGCUGAUAAAACAGUGGUGGACAGUGAGAAGAUGUUCACUGAACUGAUUCAUCUCAUUCAGAAAAGAAGCUCUGAUGUGAAGCAGCAGGUCAGAUCCAAGCAGGAAACUGAAGUGAAUCGAGUCAAAGAGGUUCUGGAAAAACUGGAGAAAGAGAUCGCUGAGCUAAAGAGGAAAGAGGCAGAACUGGAGCAGCUCUCACACACUGAGGAUCACAACCAGUUUCUACACAACUACCCCUCACUGUCAACACUCACUGAUUCUACACCCUCAUCCAGUAUCAGCAUCUGUCCUCAGAGGUACUUUGAGAAUGUGACAGCAGCUCUUUCAGAGGCCAGAGAUAAACUACAGGAAUUUCUGAGAGAGAAAUGGACAAAUUCCUCACUAAAAGUGACUGAAAAGGAUGCUCUGCUGUCACUACCAGAGCCAAAGACCAGGGCUGGAUUCUUAAAAUACUCCAGUGAAAUCACACUGGAUCCAAACACUGCAUUUCCACAUGUGUUAUUAUCUGAGGGCAAUAGAAAAGCAACAAGAGUGAAACAAAAACAGGCUUAUUUUCAUCAUCCAGACAGAUUCACUGUAUGGGAGCAGGUCCUGAGUAGAGAGAGUCUGACUGGACGUUGCUACUGGGAGGUGGAAUGGAGAGGGGGAGGAGUCGGUGUAGCAGUUGCAUACAAGAAUAUCAGAAGAACAGGAAAGUCAUAUGAAUGUUUAUUUGGUUUCAAUGACAAAUCAUGGGCAUUAUGUUGUGACACAAACAGUUAUGUAUUUUGGCACAACAAUGUACAAACUAAGCUCUCAGGUCCUCGGUCCUUCAGAGUAGGGGUCUACCUGGAUCACAGUGCAGGUAUUCUGUCAUUCUACAGCAUCUCUGAAACCAUGACCCUCCUCCACAGAGUCCAGACCACAUUCACUCAGCCUCUCUCUGUUGGACUUUGGCUUUGGGUAGAUGGCGUCACUGCAGAGUUGAUUCAAAUCAAAUAGAUGGACAAGCCAAGUUCAUUUCAAUCCCCGAUCAUUAUGUAUACCUCUAAAAGAGGCUUUUUCUGAAGCAUUCAGUGGUCAACAGAUAUCUGAGAAUAAUUUUGCAGUGAUUACAACUGUACUUAUAUUUAUAUAAAUAGAAAUCGGAAUUUGUUAUUAUAACUAACAUGAGUUAAUGUGAGUUUAAAUUAUGCUACUUUUUAUAUUCAGCAUAUUUUAAAUCAUUAAUCUGUCUAGUUUAGUCUGGUUAGUGGUUUUAUUCUGUUUAAUUCUGUGGCUGUCCAGGUUAAGUGCAAAACAUGCAUUGGAGCUGUAAAGAUUCAUCUGUUAGUGAAUGAUUAGACAUUUUGUUUUAUCAUUAUUUUACUCAUAUAUACAUAUUUCUGAUUUCUAAAAUGUAAAAAUUAAUUUUCCUUUUUAUAUAUGAUUGUAAACUUAAUGUCAUUGUGGCUUCAACUUUUAAAAUGUAACCAAAAUUUGGAUCCUGAAGUUGUUUGAGGUUAUAAUGAUAAUUAUAUUAUAAUGACAAUUACAUGGAUAUAAUUUUCUUGCAUUUAUAGUUAAAUAUUUGUGUAUCUCUAAAUUAAUAUAAUUUUCACAUAAAAAUUUGAUGCCACUUCAUGAUUUAACAAUGAAAAUGAAAUAAUACCAAAUGAUCUAAAAGCUACUUUCAACUGCCCCUUUAUUCACAAACAGUGAUCACAGUGGGUAGCUCCCCACGUACGGUAGAGGAGAAGGGUCAGGUAUACGCUAACAUUGUACAGUCACUCCCAUCAUUUUUAAUGUUAAAAUUAAAAAUGAUGGGAGCAGUUACUACAAAGAUAACAAAAACAGCAACAAUCAAAAGAAAAUGAGAGUGAUAUAAGCGAUAUAAUGGAGGGAAAUAAAAGAGGGAUGAAAAAAUAGAAUCAUAAGUUUAUAAAAAGAACAACUAAAGUACAGACUUUGAAAUUGUGAUUUAGAAAUACAAAACUUCAGGUAGUAUUUAAAACUUAUAUCUUUUGUCAUUUCUUCAGUCCUUUGCCAGUCACACCUCCCUGACAUGUAAAGUCAAUUAAACUAUUGACAAGUCUCCAUUACACCUCACACAGCUUUUCAUUUGGGAUUCUUUUUACAUGAGACUUUUGCUACAGUUCUACUUGGCAGAUCUACAAACAGGCUUUUUCUUUCCAGGAUUGCAUUAAACAAUUUCGUUAAAAAGUUGACUGCCUUCUCUGCUAAACAUACCUGUACCUCUACAGGUAUGUAAUCUGGACCA